GCCAACAAACCACUGAUGGAAAAGCGACGGCGAGCGCGGAUCAACCAGUCCCUGGCGGCGCUGAAGGCGCUCAUCCUCGACAGCGCCCGCCUGGAGAACACGAAGCACAGCAAACUCGAGAAGGCGGACAUCCUGGAGCUGACGGUCAGGCACCUCCAGAGGCAGAGGAGCCUGGCACAGCCAGGUCUCUCGAGGUACAAGGCUGGAUACCAAGACUGCUCGAGAGAGGUGAGUCGGUACCUCGACGCCCCGGACAUCAUCACGGGGAACACGACGCCGAUGGACCCCGCGGUGAAGCAGAGGCUGCUGCGGCACCUGGACAGCUGCGUGUCGGAGCUGGACCUGGACCUGGGCUCGCGACCGGACAGUGGGCUAGGAAGUAGUCCGGGGAGCGUGACGGACCGGGUACCGGGCGCGGCGAGCCCGGGGGCGAUGGACCACCACGCGCCGCCGACCCCGCACUGCAGCACCGCGCUGAUCAAGUCGGAGAUGCCCGAGCUGGACGCGACGCGACCCGACAGCAGCACGACGGCGGGGGACGAGAACAACAACAGCAGUCGGCCGACCUCGGCCUUCGGGACGGGACCGCACGUGCCGCCAGGGCUGGACCAUCACCACGCGGGAGUGGCGGCGGCGGUGGCCGCCGACCAAGCGUCGACCUCCCAACAGAACCCGGGGAUGCUCUCGGUGGUACAGGUGAUCCCCUCGCGCCUCCCGGACGGUCAGGUGGUCUUCUUGCUGCCGAGCCACUACGUCCAACUGGCCGCAGCAGCCGCGGCCAACGGCAUCAGCAUCGGGCCCAACCCGCCCACGGCCAUCUGGGCGGCGACCAACAUGUCGCUUCUCAAGGCCACCGACAAGCUGGUGAAGAGGCCGCUGGACGACCCCGCGGACUGGCCCGACGCCCCCAAGCCCGGGAAGAGCCCUCGCCUCGACCAUCCCGAGCAGCCCCUCGACUUCACCACCACCUCGAAGAAGCUGAAGUCGGCGCGGAUGGCGGCGGCCGCCGCCGCCGCCCAAGCGGCUGCCUCCGCCGCCGACCAUCGCGCUGCCUCCCUACACCCCGCGCUUCACCCCGCGCUACACCCCGCCCUACAUCCGGUGGCGCUGCACGACGAGCGGCCUUCUAGUCACGCGGGCAGCGAGGGUACCGAGGUCGUUUUGCCUGCCACCUCUCCUGGAGGAGCACAACCCGUGAAGGACGAAGAGGGCAUGUGGCGACCCUGGUAGGAGGCCUCAUUUUGGACCCUGGAACGCGAUGGAGGUGGUGGUGAGCGAAUGUAAGCCUAGGCUUGGUCUUGGCCAAUGUGGAAUCGGAACCAAGACCCACUUUGCUCACCACUGGAUGGGGGACCCUCGGUGGCCCCUCCACGUGGGGUCCGUCGUCCCUGGGGGGAUCUUGAAACGUGCGUCCAUGGGACCUAGGGACCUCGACCAAGUUCCGCGCCCUCGGCCUCGUAGACGUGGACUUUCCGUGCUCCGUUUGAACGGCAAUUCCCACCUGGACAUCCGGAUCCGGAAUUUACGAGGUGCCAUGUCGGGAACGUGAAUGCCUUCCAGGGGAGGGCGAUCAAUUUUUAUGAUUAAAUCGGGCCCCACUUGGCGCGGGACUAUGGCGAGUUCCUUGACGCGGCCUUUCUCGAUGGUCCCUCGAUACCUAUCGAUAUAUCUUUCCCCGUGUCGAGAGGUGAUCGAUAGUCCUCCAUCGCUACUCGUGUACAGACGGAGGGGCGCGCCCGCUGGGGCUGGCACGAGGACUGCACGCGAGCGGGCUCGCGCCCGAAUGCCAAAGUAGUACGAGAGGCAAUAAACUUGUACAUUGCUUAGAGAGUACGCCUAAGUAAAGCGUUUUGUCCGGGCGACGCUCCAGAUGUAUCAGCGACGUACGUUGGGUCGAGCUCAAGCGACCGAUUCCCUAAAUGAAACUCGAAGAAAUUCACGCUCUUCGAGACUGAGCCGAAGUUCAAAAUGGUCCAAAUUCCAAAAUAACAUCAUUCCGACCCAUCGUGCGACGCCAAUAUGGAGGAGACGCUCUUCUUCUUCGAGAUUUCGCACUGAAAAAAAAAAAAAAAAGAGAGAGAUCAGCUGGGAGGACCAAUUUUCCCUGCUCAAGAGUUCAAAAAUUGAUCGGCUGGCAAAUGCAUUUUAUAUUAAUUUUCGAAAAAUUCGGGUAUUUUCGGUGGUCCUCAGGUCGGAGGCAUGGGGCGGACCAGAUAUAUGUACAUAUAUUUUUUUUUUUCAGUGCGAUGGUCGGGUAGAGUAGUCCAGAGAGGGAGAGAAAGAGAAAGAGUGAUUGGGCGGAACGUGGGGUGGAGUGGGAUGGAGAAUGGGAAGGGCGAGAGCGAGCGUGUUUCCACGUACUUCUUCUUGUAUGUAUGUAAAUGAUAGAGAAAGCGAGGCACUUGUAUUUUUAGUCCGCCACUGUACAUAGUCCCGGGUAAGCGUCGAAACUAUUGCUAUUACGAGAUAUAGAUUUAUUUUGAUGUUAUCUAGGUAUACGCGGCGAGUCGCGUGCGUGAACGAGAGGGAGGGAGAGAAAGAGAGAGAGAACACGAGGGUCCGCGAGUGCGAGAUAGAAACGACACCGUCACCACCUAAUUACGAAUAUAAUGCUAAAUAUCUUGGGAUCUGAUUCCGUAUUCAGUGUACUUAGUUAUGCAGUCAAUAUACGCCUAUAUUGAUCUGUACAUCGAUCGCAUCAUUUCCUACUCGCUCUACCUUACCUGUCUUCGAAUAAAAAACAGUGAGAACCUUA